UAUAAGGACACACAGCCUGAGCUUUCUCCUAUAGCCCGACAGACGUCACCAUGAAGGCCCUGGUAUUCCUGACUUUGCUCGCAGCAGCUUUCGCAGCUGAAGAUGAGAAGGUGGUGGGGGGGUACGAGUGUCCCAGACACUCCGUGCCCUACCAGGUGUCCCUGAACGCCGGCUACCACUUCUGUGGUGGUUCCCUCAUCUCCAGCCAGUGGGUGGUGUCUGCCGCUCACUGCUACAAGUCCCGGAUCCAGGUCCGUCUGGGUGAGCACAACAUCGCGGCGAACGAGGGCACCGAGCAGUGGAUCGACGGCGCCAAGAUGAUCAGACACCCGCAGUACAACAGCCACAACCUGGACAACGACAUCAUGCUGAUCAAGCUGAGCCGCCCCGCCACCCUCAACAGCUUCGUCCAGACCGUGUCCCUGCCGUCCCGCUGCCCCGCGGCCGACGAGAACUGCCUGGUGUCCGGGUGGGGCAACAUGUCCGCCAAUGGCAACAAUUUCCCCGACAGACUUCAGUGUCUGAGGCAGCCCAUCAUCGACGACAGGAUCUGCAGGAACGCCUACCCCCACCUCAUGACAGACAACAUGGUGUGCUCCGGGUUCAUGCACGGCGGCGCCAGCAGCUGCCAAGGAGACUCCGGCGGUCCGCUGGUGUGUAGCGGUCAGCUGCAGGGAGUCGUGUCCUGGGGUUACGACUGUGCCAUGCAGGGACACCCCAGCGUCUACGCCCGAGUGUGCCGCUACAACGGCUGGAUCAGCUCCGUCAUGAGGAGCAACUAA